GCUUUGUUCUAUGUGAAGCUAUCUGACGGACAGCCAUGGCUACGGUCCGCGACAUAUGCGUCGCGGCGGGGUUCAACGUAGCGACAGCCGUCGCCUUCUUGCUGGCGUUUGCUUUCCUGCGGUUACAGCCUGUCAACGACAGGGUCUACUUCCCGAAAUGGUACCUGAAAGGCAUGCGAGACAGCCCGUCUUCCGCCGGUGCGGCUGUCACCAAGUACGUUAACAUUGAUUGGAGGUCCUACUUCAAGUUCUUAAGCUGGAUACCGGCGGCUCUUAUGAUGCCCGAGGAAGAGUUGAUCGAGCAUGCAGGCCUUGAUUCCGUUAUCUAUCUACGGAUAUACCGCACAGGGCUCAAGAUAUUUGUUCCAAUUACAAUUCUUGCUUUCGCUAUUCUGGUCCCUGUGAACUGGACCAAUGACGCACUAGAAGGUCUGAAGGUAGUCCAAAGUGAUAUUGACAAACUUUCAUUAUCCAACGUACCUUAUGGAUCUAAGAGGUUUAUAGCUCACGUGGUUAUGGCCUAUGCUUUUACAUUUUGGACCUGCUAUGUACUUUUGAAGGAGUAUGAAAUAGUCACAACCAUGAGGCUAUCCUUUCUUGCUUCAGAGAAACGCCGACCGGAUCAGUUCACUGUUCUUGUGCGGAAUAUACCACCAGAUCCUGAUGAAUCAGUUAGUGAGCUCGUGGAACAUUUCUUCCUCGUCAAUCAUCCAGAUCAUUAUCUGAAAAACCAGGUAGUUUACAAUGCAAAUAAACUUGCUGAUCUGGUUGAAAAGAAGAAGAAAAUGCGGAAUUGGCUUGAUUACUACCUACUCAAGUUUGAGCGAAAAUCGAAAAGGCCGACAACCAAGACUGGCUGGCUUGGAUGUUUUGGUUCUGAUGUAGAUGCUAUUGAUUACUACAAAUCAGAGAUCGAGAAGAUAGGAAAGGAAGAAGCUGAAGAGCGGAAAAAGGUUAUGAAGGAUCCCAAGUCAAUUAUGCCAGCAGCCUUUGUUUCGUUUCGCUCACGGUGGGGUGCAGCUGUUUGUGCUCAGACACAACAGACCAGCAACCCAACUACCUGGCUAACUGAAUGGGCUCCAGAACCUCGUGACGUGUACUGGAAUAAUCUAUCUAUUCCAUUUGUGUCCCUCACAGUCAGGAGGUUGAUAAUUGCUGUGGCCUUCUUCUUCCUCAUCUUCUUUUAUGUCGUUCCAAUAGCAUUUGUGCAGGCUCUUGCAAAUAUUGAAGGCAUAGAGAAGGCUCUACCAUUUCUAGAACCUCUAAUUGAAAGACCUACCAUUAAAUCAUUCAUCCAAGGGUUUCUUCCUGGAAUUGUUUUGAAGAUCUUCCUCAUAGUGCUUCCGACUAUUCUGAUGUACAUGUCACAGUUUGAAGGAUUGAUAUCACAGUCAUCACUAGAGCGGAGGACUGCAUCCAAGUAUUUUAUAUUCUUGUUCUUCAACGUAUUUUUGGGUAGCAUCCUUACAGGAUCUGCUUUGGAGCAGCUUAAGACCUACCUUCAUCAGUCAGCUAAUGAGAUACCAAGGACCUUCGGUGUAGCGGUACCAAUGAAGGCAACAUUUUUCAUAACAUAUGUGAUGGUUGAUGGUUGGAGUGGUGUAGCUCUUGAAAUAACGAGAAUCAGGGCAUUUGUAAUAUUCCAUUUGAAAAACUGGUUCUUGGUCAAGACGGAAAAGGACAGAGAAGAGGCGAUGGAUCCUGGUAGCAUCUGCUUUUACUGGUCUGAGCCUCGAAUACAGCUAUACUUCUUGCUUGGUCUUGUCUAUGCCCCGGUGACACCGCUCCUGCUCCCCUUCAUAUUGGUGUUCUUUGCACUGGCAUAUGUUGUCUACCGCCACCAGAUCAUAAACGUGUACAAUCAACGGUACGAGAGCGGCGCACAGUUCUGGCCUCAGGUGCAUCUACGCAUAAUCGUAGCUUUGAUCGUAUCGCAGCUGCUUCUCCUUGGGCUAUUAAGUACAAAAGGUUUGGAGGAGGCUACACCGGCUCUUCUCGUUCUUCCCGUAUUGACCAUCUGGUUCCACAAGUACUGCAAGAACAGGUUUGAACCUGCGUUCGUGAGGAACCCUAUACAGGAGGCGAUGAAGAAGGACAUCUUGGAACGCGCGAGGGAGCCCAACUUCGACCUGAAGUCUUACCUGGCCGACGCUUACCUGCACCCGGUGUUCAAGAGCGAUGAGGUGGACAAGUUCUUCGUGGCUGAUGAUCCCGGGGCCGAGGAAGUGAUCGUGCCGACCAAGCGGCAUUCCCGACGUACCACGCCAGUCCCUUCUGUGCAGAGCAAGCAGGACGGCUCCGACAGGCUCUUGCUGCCUGAGAGCGUAAUCGAAAGAUAGCAGCUGGGCUUUUGUCCUGUAGGCAGUAGUAUGUACAGGGAGAGGGGAGCAAAAUGCGGGGAAUACCUGAUAUUUUCUUGCUCGUGUUUAUACUGGAUAGGAUGGGGGACGUGCACUGCAAGAUUGCGUAUGUGGCUUGGAGAAUAUUUCGUUGUCAGUUCUUUUCUGAUGUAAGAAGAGCCUAACUUCUUCAUCGAAAGCUGACGUUUUAUACCCGGAGUUGGAGACUGAGUCCGAAUUUUCGUUA